AUAUCCAAGGCCAUCGGCGAGGACAAGACUGCCAUCCGGAUCAGCCCCUGGAGCAGGUAUCAAGACAUGCGCAUGACGGACCCGCGCCCGACGUUCUCCCAUUUCGUGUCCUGCCUCGUAGAGCGACACCCCAACCUUGCAUACAUCCACGUCAUUGAGCCACGCAUCGAUCAGCUCCCGGACCAGCCGUCCCCUAUCGAGGAGGUGAGUUCGAACGACUUCCUGCGUAAGGUAUGGGCGCCGCGCGCGUACAUCGCCGCGGGUGGCUUCACACGCGACCUCGCGCUCCAGACCAGCGAGCAGACGGGCGAUUUGAUCGCCUUCGGGCGCGCGUUCCUUGCGAAUCCGGACCUCCCCCUCCGCCUUGCGAAGGACCUGCCGCUGACGGAGGGCGACCGCGACACAUACUACACGGCGGAGAGUGCACGAGGCUACACGGACUAUCCGUUUGUGGACAAUUCUGAAGCGCAGAAGUAG